UUUUUGUUAUAAACCCUAUAUAGUUCCAGUGCAUUCAUGCGCUAUUCUCACAAAUCAAAACUCACCAAUAAGGGAGAGAUGGGGGGAGGGAGAUGGUUGAUAGUGUUGUUACAGGCGGUGAUGGUGAUGUUAGGACAAGAAGUGUCGUGUGCCCAAUACAAAGUCGGAGACUUGGAUUCCUGGGGAAUUCCAUCUUCUUCUAAUCCCUCGGUUUACUCCAAAUGGCCCAAAUUCCACUCCUUCCAAAUUGGCGAUUCCCUCUUGUUCUUGUACCCUCCAAGCCAAGAUUCAGUGAUCCAAGUGACGGCAGAUAACUUCAAAGCCUGCAACACUAAAGACCCAAUACUCUACAUGAACGAUGGGAAUUCUCUCUUCAACCUCACCCAGAAUGGUUCCCUCUACUUCACCAGUGCCCAACCCGGCCAUUGCCAGAAGUUCCAGAAGCUCCAAAUCUCCGUCGGCUCCUCCGCCGCCGCCGAGUCUCCGUCCGCCGCCGCCGCCGCAGGGCCCUCCUACCCCACCGUCUUCGGUUCCAUUCCUCUGCCGGAGAAAUCUUCCUCGCCGGGCUUCUCUUUCUUCCCGCUCCUCUUUGCCUCGCUGUCUUCCGCCGCCCUCGGCGCCUUCACCAUGUGAUACAGAUCUCAAAAUAUUAUUUUUUAUUCCAUCGAAGGGAUUAAAUUAUUGGUUCUUUGAUUUUGGAUAAUUCUUGUUCUAUUUACGCAUUUUUUGAUUUUCGAGAUCUC